AUGGCUAUGGCCAAUCUUCAGGAAGUUAAUCCAGGUAAUGCAAGUCUUGUUUCACAGAUCCAUGUUCAAGUCGACAAACGGAAGGAAAAACAUGGAAAGGAUUUGUCAGAGCAACUGAAUAUGAAAGGAGUUUUUUUACACGUACUAAGUGACGCAAUUGGUUCAGUUAUUGUCAUCAUUACGGCUCUUGCGUCUUGGUUAUUACCUGGACAGAAAGUUCUUAAACUUUAUUUGGAUCCGAUUUUAAGUCUCAUUAUGAUUGAGGGAGUAGAGGCGAUACAUGAAUUUCAUGUUUGGCGAUUGGUGGGUGAGAGAAUUAUUGCUACGGUGCAUAUCAAAUUUUCUGAUCUAAGAGCAUAUUUGGCUGCUGCUGAUAAAAUACGUACAUUAUUUCACAAUAAUUGCAUCCACAGUACUACUAUACAACCGGAAUUUUCAGAAAUGGCGAAUGCUCUAGGAAAUAAUGGAACACAUUGUGCAUUGGCAUGUCCACCCGAAAAUUGCAGAAGAAAUAAUGUAACUUGCUGUAAGAAUAUAACGGAAAGCAGUUCAUCUUCUAAUUUGGAUUCGGUAGCAUGUUUGUAA